UGAAAUAAGCAAAAAUGCCUCAGCACGCUACACCAAGUUGUCACUGGUAGAUUUAGGUAUGGGUGACAUGGGCAGCUUCCCAGGGCGGCAUGAUGGGGCACCUGCACCAAAAAAAACCCCCAAACUGUUAUGUUUGUACGAUCAGUUUUCUAUCACUCAUUUUUGUGUCAUGUCACUGAUUUCAUGCAACCAUGUGGAUCAGUUCACUUUGUUGGAGUGGCGCUCUAAUUCUAGUUUGUGUACUAGGCAGGUUACUUCCUGGUUUCUCACUGUACAGAAGUAUAAGGGAGGGUUUGACCUCCGUUCUCCCCACUGGAAGGCUGAGGUAGGGGGAACGGAGGAAUUCUAUCAAAUAGCGUGCCUGUAACGUUGUACAGUAUUAAUGCAAUGAGUAAAAUCAGAGGAGAAAUGUGCACAAGAUAAGUGUGUAGCGGUGUCGUCUCUUUAUACAUGUAAUGAAGUGGGCUCCUUUGUAUAAGGUUGCGAUUAUGGCAACAACAUUCUGUUUUCUGUCCAACUAGAUUAAAUAACAUUUGGAUAUAAUUUUGCACAGUUUCAUCUUGAUAAUGUGUCUAGCCUGUAGCAAAGCAAUUACAACCGAACUUACACACAAGACAUAGUUUUCACAUGACGUCACAGAGUCGGGGAUUCCCUAGUGGCGGCCAUCUUGCAGGUCAAGCUUACCGUACGGGUGACUGAGCACACAUUGUAACGCACGAGUACAAAGUCUUCAGAAGAACCCAAGCAGGCUAUUUCAAGCUAGCAAUGGUGCACACCUGUUGUAUUCACGGCUGUCGUAAUAGGUCAGAUGAUGACGUCAAACGGAGCUUUUAUGGAAUUCCCACUGUACGGGAGCACGAAGGCGAGCAAACAAAGAAACUUAGCAUACGAAGGAGAAAUCUAUGGCUUGUGAGAAUUAACCGCAAGGAUUAUCAGCCUUCCAAACACAGCAAAGUCUGCUCCGGUCAUUUUAUAAGUGGGGUUUGUGAUGUCACAUCGUUUGUUCAGCAAGGUGUUGGGGUUUUUUGGCUACACGGUUCAGUAUGGCUGCAUCGCUCACUGCACAUUCGAGUACAUUGGAGAGUUUGUUGUGUGUUCAGGACCGUCAAUGGAGCCAACCAUCACUAAUCACGACGUUGUGUUUUCAGAACGCCUCAGUAGACACAUAUAUCGCAUUGAGAAAGGGGACAUAGUGAUUGCUAAGAGCCCAUUUGAUCCACACAUGAACAUCUGUAAACGAGUUAUUGGACUGGAAGGAGAUAAAGUGUGCACCAGUAGCCCAUCAGAUACAUUUAAGACACACACUUUUGUCCCAAGAGGUCACGUGUGGCUGGAAGGUGAUAAUUUACAGAACUCAACAGACUCACGAAGUUACGGUCCUGUUCCUUAUGGACUCAUACAAGGACGAGUGUGUUUAAAGGUGCUCUGGUUUCCCCUACAGUCCAAAGACAUGCAGGUGAGGUUAACAUGGGGCGACCAUGGCCUGAUGAUUGGGCUGAAGUGCCCUUGAGCAAGACACCCUAACCCCCAACUGCUUCCCGGGCACUGUAGCAUAGCUGCCCACUGCUCUGGGUAUGUGUGUGUGCUCAUUGCGUGUGUG